AUGUCACUACGCAUUGAUUGCGAACUAUUCAACUUACGCAUUCGAAGCGUACCGGCCGCCUCUAAACUGUUCAAGACGCCUCACAGACGAACUGUUUUCCUUACAGGAGAACUUAGUGCUUGCAAUAGACAGAUAAAGGAUCGAGAAGCUGUACCUGACCCAAUGCGGAGGACAGGCCCCACGAGGAAAGAACAACGUCAGAGACUUAGGAACAACGUUAUACAAGUGCUGAUUAAUUCGACCGUGAUACCGUUCCGUUGGCUGAAAAGCUCGUAUCGCUGCUUCUACUGUUACGAUAUCUUCGAAGAGUCCUCCGAUCUAAAAGCUCACCAAAUCGCUCACGCGGACGACGAAAUUAAACAUCGAACGAUGAAUAACUACUGGGAACCGGUUGUGUAUGUUGACGUUUCCGAAUUGUCGUGUCGCCUCUGUCCGGAAAUGCUCAGUGAUUUUUACGAAUUGAUCGACCAUCUAGUUUCUAAGCACGACAUCGAUUAUAACACGGAAGUCGGCAGCUGCAUGGUGCCUUUCAAGAUCGACGAUCUAACGCUGAGUUGCCUUAUUUGUGGGGCGAAUUUUUUCACGUUCGGCCCUUUGCUGCAGCACACGAACAAGGACCACAAAGGCACUUCGCGCAUCCUAUGCGAGAUCUGCGGUCAGAACUUUAAAGACGGCGUAAUGUUGAAGGCGCACGUGAAAGUCGCUCACGAGAACGCGGGACUGCUGUGCACGGAAUGCGGCGAGAAAUUCGAAACGAAAUGCAAACUGAAAACGCAUCAGAAACACCAGCACGAUAUCGAAAAGAAAUACGUGUGUCUGGUCUGUCCGUUGAGUUUCCAAAGUCAUUACAAACGGUCUAGACAUAUGGCGACUGAGCACGACAACCGGGAAGUGAUAAACUGCCCUCACUGCCCUAAGACGUUCGUGUUCAGGUCCAUGAUGAUGACGCACGUCCGAGACGCUCAUUUGAAAGUCAAGAACCACAUCUGUGGCGUCUGCGGAUGGAAAGCGGUUAACACGAACCGUCUGAAGAACCACAUGUACAAACACAGCGGCGAAAAGAAUUUUAAGUGUGACAUUUGCGAUAAGGCGUUCACCACGAGGAAGAUUAUGAAGGCGCAUCUCGCUAGGAUGCACAAACAAGCAUCUUCACAACAACCCUUAAUGCAUUUCGAUGACCCAUACAUCGCACAAUGA